ACUGUUGAGGCCUGUCACGAGGUACGAAAAUUGCUUGACUUUGUCGAAGUCGAAGUUCCUAUUUCUCAGCGUAUCGUUUCUCGAUUGCUUGGAUUGCGUUCAAACAACCCGCUUCGCCAGCUAGGUGAAUCUGCUGGUGUUCGCCAAGCUUACGUCCUCUUUCCUGCUGACCGAGCUGAGCGUCGGCGCACUUGGCUUGAGCACAGGCGCAAUUGCGCUGAUUUUCAACGGCCCAUGGGACUGGCCAGUAGCAACGAAAGUGAUGAGCCACAAACUGAUUCCCCUGGCACAGGAGUAGACACUGAGGUUCCCGCUGCACAAAAUGAUCAAGAAAACCUGGCUCCUCGAGGGAAACAUACGAGCCCCACUGUUUUCUCGCGGAGUAGUAGUGCAAAGCAACCUGGUUCUCGCCAUUUUACUGAAAAAGAUAACGAGUCACCUCUGCCUCACUCGAUAUUUUUAUUAGGUACUAGAACCGCUGUUGAAAGAAUGCGAUUGCUUCUUGAAUUUCAGGCAGAUAGUUGGACUGAAUUAGAGGAGUUGGAGGUAUGUUUUUAUUUAUAUCACUCGAUAGUCCUUGUUUCACUUUUUGCAGUUACUCUUUUUUGUCUGAAAUUCGCCUUAUUAUAUUGA